AUCCGUUCUAUCAACACCGUCCCCUCCAUCCCCUGAUUCCACUCACCCAACCCAUCUCAUUCCCCCCGCACCCCAACGCGACCACCAUGUCCGGCAUCACCGAAUUCAUCUACUUCCACCUCAACCCCGCCAUCAAACCCGAAAACCCCACCAACGAAGCCGGCGCAUCGCUCCUCGAACUCUUCCAAACCACCAAACACCAAAGCGGCUACAAGGGUUCCGCCUGGGGCCGCAGCAUCGAAGACGAGAAUGUGAUUGUCUGGAUAAUCGACUGGAAAGACGCGCACCCCCCCCCCCCCCCCCCCCCCGCCACAUCCCUAACCCCCUACCUAACCCCCAACAAACCCCUCACCACCUUCUUCGCGACCCUCUCGCCUCCCCUGAACCUCUCCUCUACCACCCCCUCCUCCCCAUCCCCAUCCUCAUCUCCCAUCUCAUCCCCCCUAACCGAACUCUUCACCCCCUUCUUCCCCACCACCCUACCACCCCCCGAAACGACCUCGCUGCACAAUUCCCUCAUCGCAUUCCGGAACGAACUCAUGAACAAUCUACCCGAGGAGCAACGUCCGAGGUCGUUUGCCAUGGGACAGGUGGAGCGGCCCGGGACGCGGAAGCAUGGGGGGAGUCCGAGUGGGGAGGCGUUUGGGAUGGUGGUUGUGGUGGGGUGGGAGAGUUUGGAUGUGCAUGUGGGGGUUAAGGGGACGGAGGCGUUUGGGAGGGGGAUUCAGCCGAUUCGGGGGUGGAUGUUGAAGGGGGAUGGGGAGGCGGAGGGGGAGGGGUUUGGGGUUAUGAGGCAUGUUGCGUUUAGGGUGGUUGAGUAGGUGGGAUGGGAUGGAUGAGAUGGAUGAGAUGGAUGAGAUGGAUGAGAUGGAUGAGAUGGAUGAGAUGGAUGAGAUGGAUGGGCAGUGAAGAAUUAUUAUUGAGCGCUUUUCCAAUAAAUACAGUACAGCAAAAAGAAAACACACGUAGACC